UCAAUCUUCUUCGUUGUCUGGCUUUUCUUUAGUUGCGCAUCGUCGGGGAUCUCUCUCAAGAUCGCUUCUACGCUACCGCAGAUCUCUCUCACACCCAAUCAUGACUCGAGGAAGUCAAAGAGAGCGUGACCGUGAAAGGGCUCUAGCUCGUACCGGAGGCAAAGGAAAGACUAAAGAUGAUGGAUUAACUCCAGAGCAACGCCGUGAGAGGGAUGCAAAAGCAUUGCAAGAGAAGGCAGCAAAGAAGGCUGCUCAAGCAGCAGCAGCAGCAGCUAGUUCUGGAGGAGGAGGCAAAGGAAACAAUAAUAAUACUAAGAAAUGAUGAUCAAUCAAUGCCUCCAUAUGUCUGUAACUUCUUUCUUAUGAUGUUUGUGGUUCGUUUGAUUGGGAGUUUCAUAUCACUUGAGGAUUUACUUUGGUUAUCCAAUGACUCAUCCAGUAUCAAUGAUUACAAGUACAUUUGUAUCCAAAUUCUUGUCCUUUAUUGAGCUCAACAGAUCUUGCUACUUGGGA